AUGGAACUUCGCCGAAUCCCUCUCCACCUUACUCCUCUCCUCCUCGUCCUCUCCCUCCUCACCUCCCUCGUUACCGCCCAGUCCGGCCAGGGUGUCCUCAUCGAUGGCAACAGCCGACUUCCCACCUGCGCCCAGCAGUGCACUCUACUCCAGCAAGCAGCUCAAGCCUGCACCGCCGCGACUGGUCCUUCAACGCAGACAGCCUGGAUCUGCUUCUGUCAGUCCGCCUACCUCACAACUCUUCGCUCCAGCGCGGUCGGCAUCUGCGAUGCCGCGUGUACGGAUCCCUCGGAUAACGCGCAGGUCUCGGUGUGGUACAAUGGCAACUGUGGGAAUGAUAACGGAGCGUCGGAGCAUGCGGAGGAUGGAUUGAACUCACAGCCAGCUUCGGGCGGCUCGUCGAACACCGACAAUGGAGCAACUACAGACUCUGGCAGCACAAACACCAACACCAACUCCGGCGACAGCAGCGACAGCAGUAACAGCAACGCGAACACCCCGCCGCAGAACACCAGUGGCUCAAACGAUGACGAGAAAAGCGAUAAGACCUGGUGGGCAGGUCACUACCAAUGGAUCAUCAUGAUUCUCGUCCUGAUCAUCGCCUUCGCCCUCUUCACCUGGGGUCUCAUCUUCCUCAAGAAACGCCUCGACCGCAAACGCGACGCCAUGACCGGAGGUUUCAAUGCUGGCAUUACCACCCGCAAAGUCGACACCGAAAAAGGCGUCACGCAUCAAACCAGCGGCUCCACCCUGCACCCCUCGUCCGCUUCGGGACGCAACUCACCCGCGCGCACAAGGGAGGCUUUCAUGCCGUAUGGAUAUGGAUACUCGGGGAGCGAGAGUCGGAACGGCAGCAAGAACGAGGUGAUACCCUUGGAGGAGAAGAAGAGUCCGCUCGCGAGGACGACGACGAUGGCGACGGAGGAGAGCAGGGAUGACACGGAGAAGAGCGAGGUCGAUGGGAUGGGUCCCUGGCCUGUGCCCGGCAGGAGUGAGAAGAGGCCGCCGGGAAAUGGGAAAGCGGGCGUCACGAUGUAG